GAAAACACGCUGUGCAAUCUCCGCCGUAUACGCCGCCGCCGCCGCCGACGGUUCGCGCUCAGUGUACGCCGCCGCCGAUAGUGUGUGUGUUAUUACCGAAAUACGACGCUCCCACGUGUCUGUGUGUCGCCGCCGCGGACGAUUUUUUUUUAUUUCCUAUUUAUUUGCCAUUCGCCGUUCCGAUUCUCAUUUCGUCCGUUCGCUCGUCCGCCCAACGUGCACCACUUGCUCUUGAUCCUUUAUCUGAUCUCUCCACCCGCAGUCGUCAAUCUAAUCACUGCCCACAUAUCAUUAAAAUCCUACUCGUGCGCAUACGCUCAGUGUCUCUGUCCCCCGUUCGUCAUUUAGCUGGAUUCGAUCACGCACGCGAAACGAGCCGACCGUCACACGCGCGCGGGAUAUGACUUAGUGAUCUAGCCACGGACGGCAUAACAACGUUGAAGGGGUCGUCGGAACCGUUCACCAGAGCAACCAGUGCAGGUAUCACGACUGCCGCCAUACCGACCGAUACCGCGCAAACUCAUCGCAAGAGGCGUUUGGUGAUCGGUUACCACGACCGUGGUUUACAGCAACAGGAGCAACACGUGAUCGCCACCUCUGCCACCGCGGCCACUGGUUGCGACUUGUGCGACAUCCGUGAUCACCAGCACCUCCACCAUACCGGCGCAUCAGUUGCAGCGACCACUGCUGUCGUUAAAAACUUUGCGAUUCAGUUGACUCCACAGUCACUGACUUCACCUCCGUCACUGCCACCUCCACAUCCGCAGUGCUCUUGUUACGCUUUUCCGGCGGAUCAGCACCAGUCGAUACGCUCAUCGAUUGGACCUGUACGAUUUCGCGGUAACUGCAGACUGGCCGUCAGGACGUUGCCGUACCCACAGACACAACAACUUCAUCUUCCGGCCACUAACGUGACAAGAAGCCACCAACACCUCCAUCACCAGUCGCAACUGGCGGACGGCUUUUGCCACUGUCACGUCGCCACCGCAUUGGCCGCCAAUCAACACCAGCACCAGCUGUCGCACCAACAGAUGUUAUUCGUUCCGUUUUCCAUGCCCGCCAACUACGGCAACCACAUCGCUUGCCCGGCACAGCCGUCUGCCCCUGCCGGUGGUGGGUCAGCAGCCGCAGCAGCCGCCGCGGCCGCCACUGCCGCAGCUGUAGCCACGCUAUCCAACGGUGGUAAUCCAAACGCGGUUAGCCCGUCAGCCGCAGCCACGGCCAUCGUGAACGGCAACGCAGCAGCCGGACUUAAGGAAAUGAAACUAAACUGGGUAUCUUCUCCGGGACCUCAACUGAAAGCCGACACAAGUAAACACCAUCACAUUUUUGUUGGUGACCUGAGUCCUGAAAUCGAGACGCAAACAUUACGAGAAGCUUUCGCACCUUUUGGUGAAAUAUCGGAUUGCCGAGUAGUACGAGAUCCGCAAACGUUAAAAUCAAAAGGCUACGGCUUCGUGUCAUUUUUAAAAAAAGCUGAAGCCGAGAGUGCGAUCGCUGCAAUGAACGGUCAAUGGCUGGGCAGCAGGAGCAUAAGGACAAAUUGGGCGACCAGAAAACCACCGACGUUAAAAACUGACUCUAACACAAAACCACUGACGUUCGACGAAGUAUAUAAUCAGUCGAGCCCAACCAACUGCACUGUGUACUGUGGUGGACUGACCAGCGGACUCACAGACGAACUGGUGCAGAAGACGUUCGCUCCAUUCGGUAACAUCCAAGAGAUACGGGUGUUCAAAGACAAGGGUUACGCAUUCGUCCGAUUCGCUACAAAGGAAUCAGCCACACACGCUAUAGUGGCCGUCCACAAUUCGGACAUCAACGGGCAACCGGUCAAGUGUUCGUGGGGAAAAGAAUCCGGUGAACCGAUCGUGUCACAAAACGCGUCUCAAGUGUGCUCGUCGCAGGCCGCGCUCAGCAGCACACAGUUUCCGUACACUGCUGCGGCGUAUGGACAGCAACUCGGUUACUGGUAUCCACAGAGCUAUCCGGCCACACAGCUGCAAGGACAGUUCCUGCAGGGCGUCCAAGGUUACACAUAUGGACAGUUCGGCUAUCAACAAGGGUAUCUUGGCCGGAUGGGAAUGCAAGCAUUGCCGACGGGAGCGACAACUGCGUGGACUCAACCAGGAGCUCUGCAACCAGGCCAGCAGAUCGCAUCUGCCGUAGCAGCACAACAGUCGGCACCGGCACCAGCCCCGCCGCCUGCUGCCGCCGCCAUGAUACCGGCUUAUCCGACGCUCCACCAGUUUCAGGUAAAACAACACCCCGCACCGGUGCAGGCGUCCGCGUGGCCCAUGUAUGAUCACCUCCACCACCACCAUCACCACCUCCACCACCAACACCAUGGUGGUUACGAGGCCAAUGAGCUAUCCAUACUGAAAAUGGCCACCUCGUGAUCAGCCUCCACAGCUGCAGCCUCCACCACCGCCGCCGCCAUCGCCACAACAUCCACAGCCUUCAGAGCCAACCGAUUUGACGGCGCUUAUCGUCUGAAAUUAUAUUAAGUGUCCUAAACCCCUAACGAAUAGUGUAUCAUUUUUCAGCUCAUGCAUAGUUUUUGUAUCGAUUUUUUCGAAAACUUAACACGUUAAUAUCGAUACAACGACGCGCAAAUUUUUAUCUCCCUCCUCCACAUGUUACGAUGAUAAAAAUCACUCGUAAGAUUCUCACCCGCACACCUAUCACGCGCUUUCGUUAUUAUAAUUAGUUUUUUUUUUUUUUUUUUUUUUUUUUUAAAUUAUUAUUAUUAUCAUCAUUAUUAUUAUUUAUGCUAUUAUUAUAAAUAAUAUACCGGUAGAUUGUGAACUCAAUCUACUCGUCCGGUAUUUAAUAAGAUUAUGAUUUGUAUUAUUAAUUAUGAUUAUUGUCUAUCAUGUUUUUUUUUUUCGAAUCUAUCGAAUUCGAUAUGCACAUAGUUUUGAUGAAACAUAUAUAGCUAAUUUUGUAGACGAGAAUGCUCUUGACGUUAUUAUUAUUAUUAUUAUUAUUUACAAUUUUAGUAGAAUUUUUUUUUUAUAAUUUUAUAUAUUUUAAUUGUUUUUAUACUGCUACAAGACGAAUAUUCGGCAAGCUCCGCGUAUCCCGUUCGGAUUAACUGUAAUGUGAACGCAUUUGAGUGUGUUUAGGUUCGCACAGGAAAUAGAUUCAUGUCACCUCCACUCCUCCCACUACACCAAAAAAACCGCACUACCGUUGUGUUUAUUGUGCUUGUGAAAUAUUUUGUCGACGAACUUAACUUCGACAUCUUCUCUUACCUAAUACUUACUUGUUAUAAUAUUACAUUGCCGACUACAACGAUUGCAAUAGUAUUGUGUUUUCGUUGCUAUUGGUUACUAUCUUAAGCAACGACAAAUUAUCUCUUUGUGAUAUUUACCUAACCUUUGACAAAUGAAAUAUUCAUCACUCGGAUCGCAGAAUUGAUAAUUUUUAUUUAUUUUUUUCAAAUCUAAAAACACACAAAUGUAUUGAAUACUCGUCACUGAUGCAUUGCAGUCGUUCGGUCGCCGUUUAAUUGAGUAUACAAUACAAUUUAUUGCUUCACCCAAGAAAUACGUCCAAAAGUCACGUGUUUUGUACAAGUUCCUCGCACAAAAAAAAAACACAUACACAGUCUACACAUGGAAAAUAAAAAUAACUAACACACAUAUUGAUUAUUUUCACGUACAAUGUAAUACUAUAUAAGGGCACUGAUGUGGUUUGCAGAUAGCCGACGAAGAGUGGCUUACGCCGAGCCUGCUGGUCUGAGGACGACUGAAUUCUGGAGCCCAAAAACGCGAUACGAUAAUUCUUCCAAACUCCGCCUUCUGCUACACACAUAGUCAAGCCAAUCAAAUUUACAAAACCCCAAAAGCCCUGCCGGUGUACCGAACGAAUUGUAAAUAAAUCAUUUGGGGCGCAAAAAAAAAAUAAUAAUUAAUAUUAUAUAUUAUGUAUAUAUAUUAUAUUAUACAAGCCGGUAUAUUAAUGUAUUAUUAUUCGUUUGUACGGUGUCGAAUCCCCCGAUGGGUCGUAUUCGGUUAUAAAAACAAUAGAUCACUAAUCAAAUAAAAAAACGUAACAUAUCAUCGACACAAGUGAUGAAGAAUUGUGAUAAAAAAAAAAAAAAAAAAAAA